AUGACUGAUAACAUUUCAAAAUUACUUAAAGAGAACAAAAAGGCCAGAGAGAAAAUCGUCGAAACAUUUCUGGAUAAAACCAAUGUUCCUCAAGAAGAAGAAGUAGAUGUGUUCUACAGAAGUAUCGCUUUAAGUGUAAAACGACUUUCCCCGCAUUUAAUUGCAAAACUUCGACAUUUAGAAACUAUAAAUGAGUUACAAUUGCUAGCAUCUCAACCACAGGAUUUACCUCAACAGCAAAAUAGGUCUUUAGCUGUAAAGAGUCGCAAUGGCAAGGGUAUAAUAAUAAUCAGGAUCAAUACGACCAAUUACGAUAUCUUAAUUUAG